AUGCCUCCUAAGGAAACUGACAAUUCGAGCUAUCGUUCUUCCUCACAUCUAGGAUACGGAGAUUUCGCUUGUGGUGGUUUUUUCUCUUCUACCGAUUCGGCCAGGUUGAGUCAGCUCAGACUUUUCUAUGAGACCGUCAAGGAUAGCGUUGUCGUGGGAUCACCUAAGGUCGUCGAAUUGCCUCUCGAUACGAGGUCUGCGAUAGCUUUAUACGAGACUGGUGAGCUAUCAUCUUUCGGUCGAGGAAAAGAGCUAGUCUACGAUGAGGGGUAUAGGCAAGCUCGGGAGAUCAAGUCUCCACGUUUCGCACUUAGCGCCGACUUCUUGGUUGAUUCGGCAAUCCCAACGAUUCUCAUGAAAAAACUGAACUACACAAGUCCGUUAUCGUUCAGGAUCAAUAAGAUGAAUAUGUAUUCUCAAGGAGGUUUCUUCAAACCGCAUGUAGAUACUCCCCAAGGUAAAGAUCAUAUUGGCACAUUGGUUCUAUGCCUUCCAUCGCAUUUCCGAGGUGGAGAUCUUGUUGUCAGCCAUGGGGAAGCUACCGUGACUUUCGACUGGCGCAAUCAAGUGAAGGACGGAGAUAUAGCUUGA